ACAGCAUCUACUGAUCGUGGGGGAGCGAGCUCAUAUCGCUUCGGUUGGGCGAGAGUGGUUGAUUAUAUAAAUAAAACAAAACCACCUCCCCCAGUCCGCCGUACGCCAUAAACAACGGUGGCGCACGAACGAACGAUCAAACGUCUCCACCUAACUCACCCUAUCCGCGAGUUUUCCUCUAUGGUUGCCAGCUAAACAGCGCGUUUUGGCACGCAUACAUCCGCGAGCACACACGUGGAACGCGAGGAAAUUGCGCGGCCCACCGGUCGGUUCUCACGGGCGGCAGAAUAGCGAACCGCGAGUUUUCGCAUUUCUCGGACCCCGCUUAGAAGCUCGCAACCGAGCUUGAGUCAGUAUUACUUGUGGAUUUCGUGCAGCAGGCCAGCCUCGCAAAGUUCGUUAUAAUGAUGCGCGACGCUAACGUUCCGAUCAUCUGGGUCCUCGGUGGACCCGGCUGUGGUAAGGGUACCCAGUGUGAGAAGAUCGUGGCCAAGUACAACUUCUCGCACUUCAGCACCGGCGAUCUGCUACGCGAUGAGGUUGCGUCCGGUUCGGAGAAGGGCAAGGAACUGCAGGAGAUGAUGAAGCAGGGAAUUCUUGUGCCAAACGAGAGCGUGUUGAAACUGUUGGAGGCUGCCAUGGUUAAGGCGUUGAACGGCACCGUUGGAUACCUGAUUGAUGGCUACCCUCGUGAGCCUGCUCAAGGACCGGAAUUCGAGAAGUUUAUCGCCCCAGUUGACAUCGUGCUAUACUUUGAGUGCUCGAACGAAACGUUGGUGGCUCGCAUCAUGAAACGGGCUUCCGAAUCCGCUACGGUUCGUGCGGACGAUAACGAGGAGACUCUGAAGACGCGCAUUGCCACCUUCCGGGAAAAUACGGAAAAGAUUCUGGUGCAAUACCCGACCCAGUUGAAGAGGAUUAACGCUGAGCGUGCUCCGGAGGAAAUCUUCGCUGAUGUCGAGAAAGCCAUCGACGAGCUGAUGGUGAAAAAGGGCAAAAAGUAAAUCUGCUAAGAGAUACUGUUCGUUAGCUUUAUCAGCGCAUGCAAUCCAGCAUCAAUGCACAAUCAUCUACACGUGCAGCGGUCGAAGAUGGAGUGAGAUUCUUGGAUGCCUCCAGGAUCUGAGACGACCGCAUUUUGCAAGAACACUUGCCGCACCGGGUGCUACACAACACGGAGUGAUCCCGCCAAACCGAAGGAAUCACAAAAGGCAAAAAAUAACAAACAAAUACGCUUAUCAAGUUCAAUAAUAGCUGUAAGAUGCUAGCGGCAAUGAACGUUUGUGUUAAAUCCAAGCAAUUUUGUGAAACUAAAGCCGGUGUAGGAUUUAUUUAGCGUAGCAUAAUCUAUCAAAAGAUGUUUGCCGUUUUGAUCGUCAUUUAAACUUUGCCAACUGUCCCUGUUGUACAAGAUGUAGCUCAAGCCAAAGAUAGCGUUUUAAAGUUUUGUCGUUUUGUCUAAGCGCCUAAUCACGGGAGAGAUUGUUCUAAUAAAUAAGAUUAAAUAACGAAAUUAUCAA